AAAAAAGAUAAAGAAAAAAUAAAAGAUAAAGAAAAAAUGAAAGAUGAAAAUAAAGAGAAAAAUAAAGAGAACGAGAAAGAAAAGGGGAAGAAAAAAUCUGAAAAGAACAAGACAGUUAAAAAGAAAAACAAAUAUCAUUUUAAUAAAAAAAGUGCUUAUAGGUCACUACUCAAUGACAUAAAAAAUUACAAUAAAAAUCAGCAGAGCUAGACAAUCUCAAUUGAAGAGCUUGCACUCAGUAGAGGCUAGAUUAUGAAGAAAAAGCCCGGUGAUUGCAACGGAAAUGGGCAGGUCUGUAUAUAAUUGGUUCAUGGUAAAUAAAUA